AACAGGUUUGAUAAGGACUGAUAUGUGACGGAACGGGUUUGUUUGUGGUAACCUGGUGUUGGUUCGCUGAAAACAUUCUUGAAAUGACGGUGUCCCUCACGAGCUCACGCUGAAGACAUUAUUACAGACAGAGAUGGCAGACAACAAGAACUCCAGGGAACUGGAACGUCUUUUGAAAACAUAUGUUGACGAAUUACUGGAGCUGUGUCGUGUCUGUGACAUAACACCAGAGAGUGUCUUCACUAAUAGAAGGCAGACGAUUAAAAAAACAGCAAAAUCGCUGAUGAAUUCCUCUGAUUUCUCAACAAUAUGCAGCAUCAUCCAAUCAGGAAUAAAAUUAAUCCAAAAUACAAAGCAAGAAUUGGAAAAGGAUUUCUGUCCUGUUCAGCCGUGUGCCUCGAGUGUGUCUGUACCGCGUAUGAUCGAUGUCAUCAGACCGAAAGACCUUUCAGAACUUGUCAAGCAUCGCAAGGAAAUGACAGGAAUAUGUUCAGAAGAAGUGAGAGAAUCUCUUGACAUUCUUAAAGAGUUGGAAAAAAUCAUUCCUGAUGAUGUUCAAUCACGAGCUUCAGAUAUUGAUUGUGUUGAACUCAAAUUCAGUUGUGAGACCUGUUCAGAGUUUGAUGAUUCAUGUGAAUGGACACUGACUGACCCCCGGGAGAUGUCAGAUGAUGUCCAGAUGAAGUACAGAAUGAAGCUUGCGUCAGGCUGUUAUGAGUGCAGGAGAACUGGUAUUCGUGUUGAAUGUUCCGGUGACGUCGAGCUGGAAUAUCACACGUGUGACUGGGACUCUAUGAGUGAUGAUCUACGUCAAGAGAAUUUAACACCCUGCGGCCCUUUGAUUGACAUCACGCUUAUCUCGGGAGAACCGAACGCAGUCUAUCUACCUCAUUUUCUCUGUUUAGGUGGAGGUAACAUCGAGGAUGCAGUGACAGUUCUUCGUGUUGAGGACAAUGCAGUUUCAUUCGAGAAGUGCGUGUUGACUCGAUUCCACGCUAAACUUUUAGACAACACGUUUUCAGCCAAAGGUCUUGUGAUGAGGAUUCUCCACCUUUUCGGGAAAGUUCACUGUAAAACACUGAUCUAUCAGACCGUCAAAACUCACCUGACCCUUCACGUCUACCUGAUUCCAGAUGAUAAACACAUGAUAAAGGCUGUUAAUGAAGAAGAGCGUGGAAGUACCUUCAUCAAAAAGCCGGGACCUGUGCGCUCACUUCAGAUGAAUGACAAGUUUACAAUAAACACGCUGAGGAAAGGGAAGCAAUCGAAACGUUGUUCUGAAAUCACACCUGAGAAGUUACAGCUCACGCGCAAUCUGGAAUUCUUUGAAAUAUUCAUUAACUCUCCAAAAGAGGACUUCUUCCUGCAGAUGAUAAAAGAGAAACAGAAAAGUGAUAUUGUUUGGGACGUCACAAUACGCAAAGGUGAUUACAAACAGAAUGCUUCUGGAGCUGAUUGUACAGAUGGAGGCAAAGGACAUUACAGCUCAAGUGGAGAAAGAUCUCUGCAUGAGGUCCUUCUGAAGUAUCUUGAGGAUCUGAAGUCAGAGGAUCUCAGACUAUUCACAUGGUAUUUGACUGAACGUGAUCGUAAGUCCAAUAUCCCCAAAUGCAAGCUGGAGAAUAAGACGACGUUUGAUGUUGUGAGUUGCAUGAUUGAUCAUUAUCAAGAGGACGGUGCUGGAAGAGAAACUCUCAGGAUUUUUAAGAAGAUGAAUCAAAACAAUCUUGCCAAAGAACUGCAGGAGGAGCUCGCCUUGAUGUGAAAGCUAAAUAUAAAACAAAUGUCUGUCUUACAGCACCUGAUGUACAAUGAUUGAUGUGAAUCAAUCUAAUGUAUUUGGAUAAAUCAGUAACCAACCUUUUGUCACAAUGUGUUUUCUUCAAGUCUGCUUUGCCCUUUGUAAAUGUAUGUCAAUUAGCUAAAGAGAUUUACACGGAUGGUGAUUGGUUGUGCCGCCCCUCGUAGCCUUUAUAUGUAACCGCAUGAAAAAAGAAACAGAGAUGCUCUGAAAUGACAAACCUGAGUUGUUGUCUUUCCAAAAAGAGCAAGGAAAAAAGUGGACUUUCACAUCUUACUUCUAAAUAGACUUACAGCGCUAUCCUGUAAUACACCUUUUAGCCAUUUGGCAGACGCUUUUAUCCAAAGCGACUUACAAUGCUUUAUCCUAUACAUUUUACAUACGUAUUUGCAAUCCCCUGGGAUCUUACCCACAACCUUGCUUUGUUAACACAAUGCUCUUACCACUGAGCUGCACAUCAGAUAUAAAUGAAAAUGCGACUUUUAACACACUUAACAUGUUACCUGGCAACACCCCCUUUUUAGCCUACAUAUGAAAAUGCGCUAACACUUUAUAAUAACUGCACGCUAGGAAUCAUUAGUUAAGCAUCAGAACAUAGUUAAUUAAUCAUUUAUGAAGCAUUGGCCCCACAUUAAUAGACAUUAGUAAGCAGUUUAUAAAUAGAGCUAUAAAUGCUUUGUUCUUGAU